AUGCCUGUGGCUGCCUGGCGCCUGCGGCGCGGCACAGACGGUGCAUGGGGAGCAAACCUGGUGUCCGUGAGCGCUCUGGCAAUGGCUACCUCUCCCUCCUUCCUGGUCCUGCCACAGGGGCCGGAGCUGCGUGGGAGUCUUUCUGCUUCCCGUCGAUUCAGUAACUCAGGCUCUCUCCCACUGCCACCCAGCGAGAGGAAGGCUGGGCUCCCGCAGGGUGGGGUUCUGGUGCACGCCCCACAGCCGGCGGUCCCCGAGGUCACAUCUGAUUUCCAUGGAGCUCUGUCAGCUGGAACUGCUCCCAGGAAGCCCCUGAACCCCUCACACCAACCCCCGCUCCAGGCGCUCCUUUUGAGUGUGGACACCUCAGCAAGUGCAGUGCCCCCGUCUGACCUCAGGAGACCCGCGGAGGCAGUGCUGACGGGAUCCCGGAGCUUACCUGCUACCAGAGAAGCCAAUGUGGAGACUGUGGAACAGUCCCCACACAGAGUCCUCCUGGGACACACGCGGAAUGUGCAAUGCCAGGUGCCAGUGGCACAUGCAGCCCCAUCACGGCUCAUGGGAGAAGCAAAUGAGGAAAGCAUGGAACGGUCUCUGUACAGGGUCCUCCUGGGACACACGCGGAAUGUGCAAUGCCAGGCGCCGACAGCACACACAGCCCCAUUGCGGCUCAUGGGGGGCGCCGCUCCUACCCCAAGGGUACCUGUUCUCCAGGCAGCAGCCCUGGCUUUGGGGAGCUCUGGCCUCUGGGCUGACGGUGUCUGUGUAUGGCACGAGGCCCUCGCAGGGGUGGUAAACCCAGCCAGGCUCUGGCCACUGGGCUGACGGUGUCCACGUGUGGCACGAAGCCCUUGCGGGGGUGGUAAACCCAGCCAGGCGUGUGCACAGAUCCUGGCCGCGCAGUUUCCCUUGUUCUUCUUCACUUCACUUCUGUUUGUCCUGUGCACAUCAGGCUCCUUGCUUCAGCAAGACUUUUUCUCUCACUUUGUUAUUUUAUUUUUAUUAAAGUGAUCUUUUAAGUAUUUUAGAUAUAUUUUAUGCUUAUAAUGACCAUAACCACACAGCAGUGUUUUUGGGUGAUCCCGCCACCCCCUCUGCUCACUUGGAAUAUUCUUUAAACUUCCUUUUGGUUUUCACCUUCAAUUAAAAAAAAGUUUCACUGCUUUUCAGUGA